AUGCGCCACCUCGGCCCUCGGGGCGUCCGCGAGCUGGCUAUGUUAGGUCCGUCCCUGCGCCGCGGCCCCAUCAUCCCUCUCCCGCUUCCAGCAACGAGUCACCUCACCUUCCCUGCCGCACCAAUAAUGGAUGAGCGGCCGCGCGGCGAUGCAGGCAUCGCCGUCUCCACAUCGCAGGUGAACAAUGCAGGAGUCGGAGGAGUUGUAAUAGACCAGGAUGGCGUGAGAGCUCUCAAUAUUGAUCCUAGCAAAUGGUUAUCAGGUGCAGCCGCCAAUCUGCUGGAAGGUGUGGUCAUACAAACAUAUGAUGGAGCUGUAGAAUGUGUCAACACAAACUACUACGGAAUCAGACGGGUGACCGAAGGCCUCCUUCCCCUGCUGAAACAAUCUCCGUCAGGAGCAAGGAUCGUGAACACCACCUCACUUCGGUCAGAGCUAAAGAGGAUGCCGAACGAGAAGCUGCGGGAGGAGCUGCGCAAGCUCGGCGUCGCCAGCAGGGACGUCGCCACCGCGGAGAGUCCGCUCGCCGAGUCCAAGGACCACGCCGCCCGGGCUGCCAAGGGACGGAGUCGGCGGCAGAGAAUUCCAAGGACACAGCUAGGUCGGACGACACGGCGGCUAGAUCCCCUGAGGAGAAGCUGGAGGAGUACAAGCGAUCGGCGGCAGCCGGCAGGUGAAAAUCACGACGUACCAGGUGUAAAAACUUUCGAGGUUCAGUUAAAACUUUGGUGGCAUCUUGUUCGCUGCCCUCUACCACUAAGAUUUUAA